AUGUUAGUGUGUUCAAACUGUGCUAUCCGUUUAUCUCCAGUUCUAUACAAAUAUUUUGCUACAUGUUCUCUAUCAACUUUAUCAUCAAAACCAUGGUUAUCUGCUAAUAACGUCCUUGGAAAUUCAAAUCGAACAAAUCUUCCUAACUCAUCACAAUCAAAAACUAUUACUAUUUUUCCUCUUUCACAUUCACGUUCAUUUCAUACAUCAAAUAAACGAGAUAAAAAAGAUUACUAUGAUGUGUUAGGCAUACAAAAAACAGCCACUGCAAAAGAUGUCAAAAAAGCUUAUUAUACGUUAGCUAAACAAUAUCAUCCAGAUACAACCGAUAAGAAAGAUGCGGCAACCACAAAAAAGUUUCAAGAAGUUUCAGAAGCUUAUGAAGUAUUAAGUGAUGAAGGAAAACGAAAAAAUUAUGAUACAUAUGGUAUGGGUGGUGAUCCAUUUAGUGGUGCAGGUACUAGUUCAUAUCCCGGUGCACGUGGUCGUUCAAGUAGUUCAGGUCAAGGUGACUUCCGUGGUUAUGAAUCUUAUCAAUCUCAAGUUGAUCCUGAAGAAUUAUUUCGAAAAAUUUUUGGUGAUGCAUUUAGUCGAGGAGGAUUUGGUAAUCAUGAAUGGAUGAAUGAUGCACAAGGGAAUGAUUUUGGUAAACAAGGAAUUAGUCAAUUAUCACUAGAUUUAACAUUUCAAGAAGCUGUACGCGGUUGUAACAAAGAUGUUAAUAUUAGAAUUAUUGAUACAUGUCCAACUUGCAAAGGUAGUCGUUGUGCACCUGGUAGUCAACCACAAAAAUGUCGUACGUGUAAUGGAACCGGUAUGGAAACAAUUGAAACUGGCCCAUUUUUUAUGCGUGCAAGUUGUCGAACAUGUCAUGGUCGACGUGAAACAAUUACAAAACCAUGUGUUGAAUGUUCAGGAAAAGGAAAAACAGCACAAAAAAAAUUUGUAUCGAUACCCGUACCAGCUGGCAUAGAGGAUGGACAAACAAUGAGAAUUAAUUUAGGUUCAUCUGAAGUAUUUGUAACUUUUCGAGUUAAAACAAGUGAAAAAUUUCGAAGAGAUAAAGAAGAUAUUCAUAGUGAAGUAAAUUUAUCUAUUGUUCAAGCAAUACUUGGAGGUGCUAUUAAAGUACCAGGAAUUUAUGAAGAUCAUCUUUUACAAAUUCCAGCCGGUACACAAUCCCAUCAACGUUUUCGUUUGAUUGGUAAAGGUAUUAAACGUCUUCAAAGUCCAGGAACAGGUGAUCAUUAUGUCCAUAUAAAAAUAAAAGUUCCUACACGAUUAACUGCGGAACAAAAAGCAUUAGUAUUAUCAUAUGCAGAAUUAGACAAAGAUAUUGAUGGAACAAUAAAUGGAUUAACACAAACAAAAUCAGGGAACCGAGUGAUAAAUGAGGAUGAUUAUCCAUUAUUAAAAACCGUACGAAAUGCAUUAUCUAAUUUACCGUCAGAGAGUAAAAAAGUAGCCGAAACGAUUGAUGAAACAGACACGAAACGCAAGGCAACAGCGAAAAAACAAAAUUAG